AGCGCAAUUUCCGAGAUGGCUAUAAAGCUUCCUGAGUUGAAAAACGCUGAGGAAGAUGAAUGUGCGUCUGAAAAGCCUGAUUUCCACCAUUCUUUCUCUCAGCUGUGCUCUGAGAACAGAAGUGGCAAACACAGAAGCCCCGUGUGCUACAGACAGACCCCUCAGCCGAGAGGAAGGAAUUACUCGCUUGCGGAGAGCGUUCCGGUUGAGAUCACAGCUCAGCGAGAAAAUAGAAGCCGACAAGGCUGGCCUGAGCUCUCCUGCGGACAUGCCGACUCUCCUGCCACGCUGGACUGUCCCGUCGUCUCCAGGGGAAGACAUCUCCAAGGAGUGCCCGUGCGCAGCGGAGAUGCCGCCUUCCCCAAAGCCAUGGACAACGUGACGGUGCGGCAGGGGGAGAGCGCCACGCUCAGGUGCUCCGUGGAUAACAGAGUCACCCGAGUGGCCUGGCUGAACCGCAGCAGCAUCCUCUAUGCCGGCAAUGACAAGUGGUGCUUGGACCCUCGGGUGGUGCUCUUGGCCAACACCAAAACCCAGUACAGCAUCCAAAUCCAAGAUGUGGACGUGUACGACGAAGGCCCCUACACCUGCUCCGUGCAGACAGACAAUCACCCGAAGACAUCGCGUGUCCAUCUCAUCGUGCAAGUGUCUCCGAAAAUUACCGAGAUCUCUUCUGACAUCUCCAUCAAUGAAGGUGGCAACGUCAGCCUCACCUGUAUAGCCACGGGCAGGCCAGAUCCAACAAUCACCUGGAGACACAUCUCACCCAAAGCCGUGGGCUUCGUCAGCGAGGAUGAGUACCUGGAGAUCACGGGCAUCACGCGGGAGCAGUCCGGGGUGUACGAGUGCAGCGCCUCCAACGACGUGGCGGCCCCUGUCGUCCGGCGAGUCAAAGUCACCGUCAACUACCCGCCGUACAUCUCGGACGCGAAGAGCACCGGGGUGCCGGUGGGGCAGAAGGGCAUCCUGCAGUGCGAGGCCUCCGCCGUCCCCUCCGCCGAGUUCCAGUGGUACAAGGACGACAAGCGGCUGGCCGAAGGACAGAAAGGGUUGAAAGUGGAAAACGAAGCCUUCUUCUCCAGGCUGACCUUCUUCAAUGUCUCCGAGCAGGACUACGGCAACUACACCUGCGUGGCCUCCAACCAGCUAGGAAACACCAACGCCAGCAUGAUCCUCUACGAAGAGACAACUACCGCUCUGACACCCUGGAAAGGCCCCGGCGCGGUGCACGACGGCAACAACGGCGCGUGGCGGCGAGCCGGCGGCGCGUGGCUGCUGCCACUCUCGCUCGCCCACCUGCUCCUCAAGUUUUGACCCGAGCGCCGGCCCGCGCGGUAGCGGCGGCCCCCGCAGCGGCGGCGAGCGAGCGCCGGAUGAAAGAAGAAGAAGAAGAAGAAGAAGAAGAAGUAUUCACUGUUUCAGAAAAUAAUCAUAAGAAUUGAGAGAGUAGCCGGCCAGGCAACCCGGGAGAGGGGGCGAGAGGAAAAAACGCACCGAAAUGAGAAGAGAAAGGAAUCCGGAAAGAACCCGAACGCCAGGCUUCCUGCUGAAGAUGCAACGUGACCGAGUCUUUUUCUUUCCCGUUUUUGCCCCCUCCGUCACGCCCUCCCCAUCUUUUCUUCGGCUCCGCGGCGGGCGAGCGCGCGGCUCCCCGGGAGCGGUCGGUCCGUUCGGGCGAAGGGCUUCGCCGCCCUCCGCGCGCUCGCCCCGCUCCGCCCCGCGUCUCGUUCUUUGGCGAAAUUUCCCCGUUUUUUUGUGGACCGUGCUGCCAUUUGUGUUCCUAAAAUCACACAGCCAUUUUUUUAUAUAUAUAUAUAUAUAUAUAUAUAUAUAUGUAUACACACACAUCCUGCUUUACAUAUAUAUAUAUAUAUAUAUAUAUAUACACAUAGGUAGAUAGAACUAAAAAGUUCCAGCGAGGAUGCGAAGGCCGAGGAGGAAAGCGAAGCGGUCGCUACCCACGCGUUCAUUGUACUACACGCGGACAUUGUGAAUAAUAAGGGAUUCCGAGUCAUUCUUGGUUUUAUUAAUUAUAUUUUCUGAUACGAGCCUAGAACUGUUAGUUCAUAAAACGUGAACACGCAAAAAAAACAGAGCGAGGAAGGAAGACCGGGGGAAGGAGCGGAGCGAAGAAGCGCGCCGCCGCGGCGCGCGCCGCGGGCCCGCUCGCCCGGCGCUCCCGAGGGCCGGGGCGACGCUCGCCGCGCGUCCGGCCGGAGGCGGACGCUUAUUCUUUUUGUGGGAUAUAUAUAUACAGUAUAUAUAAAUAUACAUAUAUAUAUAUAUAAAUUUUUUUUUUUGUUGUCGUUAGCGUUCUAGCCACAGUUUUCAGCAGGGUCCUUUUGCUGCCAUUACUGCAUGCUGUAUAUGGAGUUAGGUGCGUAUCGGUCUUCUAGGAGACGACGGAGCGUCUCGGCGGACGCGCGACCGAUUCCCGGGCGGCGCCGGGGGCGGGCGGGCGGAGGGAGCGGCGGCGUCUCGCCGGCGGUCGGGGGCGGCGUCCCUCUCGGUCGGCCCCGGCCGGGCGGCUCGGGGCGUCGGCGCGGCGCUGGCGGGAAUCGGCGGGACCGAGGGAAAGGCCUCGAUCUAUAUGGCUCCGUUUUAUAUAUAUAUAUAUGUAUAUGUGUGCGUGCGUGUGCGUGUGUGUGUGUGUAUAUAUAUGUAUAUAUAUAUAAGAGAAGGCGAACCGAUCGGUCGCCGGCCGCCCCCCGCGACCCGGCCGUCGGCCGAAUCCGACGCGGGGAAAAGCGACGCCCCUCGCUUUCGGCGGGGGUUUCUCCUUUUGUCGGUUUUGGGGCUUCGGGCUCGGUUUUUCAUUUUUCGUUUCCCCCCUUCUCCGCGGACGGGAGCGGCGCGGAGGCGCCCGCCGCGGCGGCGGGGGCGCGCGGCUCGCCGCGGCGGCGAGGGGAGGGCUCUCUCUGCCUGUCCAUUAAAACAAUUGUUCCAUGUG